CUGUCCCUUUCUACAAUACAUUUUAACACUGUUUGUUACCAGACAAGGAUGGGAAAUGAGAAGAGAUUAAAACCUGUACAUCAGUUGAUUUAAAAGCAAAUAGUCUGGACAGGAGAAGUCAGUAAAGUUGGCAGCACUUGGAUAUGAAAAUAGAACUUGAUGCAACAAACCUGUAGUAACAGUUUUGUAGACUGAAAAAAGACAUUCUUGGCAUCUUAAGAAAUAUGAAAGAAAUGACCCUAUAUGAGUAAAAUGCAUCAGCCCAUCUUUUUCAGCAGCACAUGAGGGUAUGAAUAUGUGUACAUUAUUUACCUUUGGGAAGAGCAUGCAUGCGUAAUUAUCUAGCACUUAUUCUGCCUGGAAAUUCAUUGAGGAAUUUGUUCACUUUCUUGGAUUUUUGUUUUUAAUUUUCUGAGAAGAUUUACAAAUGUCAUUUAGACGCAAAAGGUUCCUCUACUGUGUUGCUGGAAUUCUGUGUCUGGUAAGUGGUCUGAGUAUCACAGUAGCAGUUAGUGCUAAUCUGUGGAUCCAUGCCAGAGCACUGUGUGUCACUGGGGCCAAACUCGUCAAUGCUUCAGGGGAAGAACUGGAGAAAUUCCUAGCAGACAUUCGGUAUGGACUUUUCCAUGGAGAGAAGGUCAGGCAGUGUGGAUUAGGAGGAAGACCUGUGCAUUUUUCCUUUUUUCAAGACAUGUGGAAGGUCACUCCUGCAUCUAUCCAUCUCAGUGUCAUCCUGUUCUCGGCAGUACAGAUUGUAUUCGCUCUUGUGGCUACAGUGUUUUCCAUGUAUAAUACUUUUGGUAAACCAUUUGAGACUCUACAUGGACCGACUGGACUUUAUCUUUGGAAUGCAAUUUCAUGUUCCUGUGGAUUCAUUGUGUUGGUCCUCUUUUCAAUGGAGGUCAAGCUGCACCAUCUCUCAGAGAAAAUUGCCAACUAUAAUGAGAAAAAAUUCAUUUUCAAAACUCAUGAAGAAAAUUAUGAAAAGUCUUACUGGAUCAUUUUCAUUUGCUCUUCUGUUCACUUUUUAAACAUUCUCUUGAUAAGACUAACUGGUGUUCGCUUCCCAUUUCAGAAAUCAAAAGAGUCAGAACUAAGUACUAUUACAGCAGUUGAACUGAUGUACUGAAGUUACUUUACCGCAAGCUGGUUUAAAUUAUAUUUUGUUAAGUGAAAGUAUUUUAAUCCAACUGGAUUCAUCUCUCUUAAAAUGAAUAUUUGGGAUCAUCUUUUUUUAAACAAGAAACAUCUUUAUUGAAUUAUUGCUUAUGAUGUAGGCAGUCAUACAUUUAUAUAAAUGAAAACAAACCUAUUGAUAUAUUUUCAGUUGCAAACAUUAUACAUUACUUAUAACUUUCUGUCAGUCAGUCAAACGUUACAUAGCUCAUUCAGUUCCUGCCUUCCCUUAAACCUCAUUCCUCCCAUUAAACUUUAUUCUGCAUGCAUUGUUCCCACAAUUCCCAUUUUUUCUACAUAAUCUGCUACUACCCAUUUCUGAAGAUCCCAUUUCCAGUUCUUUUAUUUCUAUUAUUAUAAUCACUACUUCUACUACAGUUGUUUUAGACUUUGAUUUCCAUUUUCAAGUAACUGCUUUUUUGGCAGCCACCAGAAU